AGUGGCGAUGCUAGUGCAACGGAGCUUUUUGAACUUGGAGUAGUGAUGCUGAGGAGAAAAAUUUAUCCAGCUGCUACUAAGUACUUGGUUCAGGCAAUUGAGAAAUGGGAUGGGGAUGACCAAGAUCUUGCUCAGGUUUACAAUGCCCUUGGGGUCAGUUGUGUCCGUGAUAGGAAGCUUGGUGAUGCAUAUGAACAGAAGAAAGACUUUAAGUCCGCCCUGAAUACAUUUGAAGAAGUGCUUCUUUUUUAUUCUAACAACAAAGUGGCGCAACCACGGCGAGAUGCUUUGAAGGAACAAGUGAAAUUGUACAUAGAUGUCCUCGUUAAAACAAAUGAGAGAUAAUUUGAUUGGUAUGUAUCAAGUGUUAUCUGAUCUACAGUUGGUGAGGAUCUAAGUCAGCCACACCUUAUUUAAAUUGGCUUGAUGAUCUGAAAUAGCUAGUGAUAGUUGAGGUAUCAUUGAUUUUGUAUGGUCCAGAUUACGGACUAAAUUGUCCCAUUUUGC